CUCCGGAGGCACCACUUGUGACCCAACCCCUCUCGCCCUCAACACACGAGGGAAAAGAAAAAACGAGAGAAGCAGCAGCAACAUUUACCUGAGGCUUGAGUUGAGGAGUUUUCGUGCCUUCGUGGAAUCGUUCUUUGUUUCAUGGCGGAGAUCUACUGCGAGGUGGCGGCGGGGUCCGACCGGAAGGGUGAGUGUGGCGACACUGGGGGCCGCGCGGCGCGGCGGCGGAGGAUGGAGAUCCGGCGGCUCAGGGUGGUCGCCGAGGAGGCGUCCACGAAGAGGCGGAGGCUGGCGGGUGACGAGGUGGACGGUGUGAGGGGGCCAGCGCCGAGGUACGGCGUGACGUCGGUGUGCGGGCGACGGAGGGACAUGGAGGACGCGGUAUCCGCUCGCCCGGGGUUCCUCCACGGGCACCACUUCUUCGGGGUGUUCGACGGCCACGGCUGCUCGCAUGUGGCGACGUCGUGCGGGGAGCGGAUGCACGAGAUUGUGGCCGAGGAGGCGACCGCCGGCGCCGGCGCUUCUGGUUCUGACGAGGCGGCGCGGUGGAGAAGCGUCAUGGAGAAGAGCUACGCGCGGAUGGACGCCGAGGCCGUCGGCUCGAGAGAAAGCGCCGGCCCGGCGCCCACCUGCCGGUGCGAGAUGCAGCUGCCCAAGUGUGACCACGUGGGCUCUACGGCCGUCGUCGCCGUCGUGGGGCCUCGCUGCCUCGUCGUCGCAAACUGCGGCGACUCCCGCGCGGUCCUCUAUAGCGGAGGCGCCGCCAUCCCGCUCUCAGCUGACCACAAGCCGGACCGUCCCGACGAGCUCGAACGGAUCCAAGCGGCGGGCGGCCGCGUCAUCUUCUGGGACGGCGCCCGCGUCUUCGGCAUGCUCGCCAUGUCCCGAGCCAUUGGUGACAGCUACCUGAAGCCGUUUGUGAUAGCCAACCCGGAGGUGAGGGUGGUGGAGAGGAGGGACGGCGAGGACGAGUUCCUCAUCCUGGCCAGUGACGGCCUGUGGGACGUGGUGAGCAACGAGGUGGCGUGCAACGUCGUGCGCGCCUGCCUCCGGAUCAGAGCGCCGCGCGGCGGGGAACGGUCGAGCCCGACCUCCAGCCUGAGCCCCAGGCAGAGCAGCGGCAGCAGCAGCAGCGACGAGGAGGUGGGGCCCAGCGACGACGCUGGCUCCGAGAGCAACGGCGAGGACAAGGCGUGCGCCGAGGCGACCUUCCUGCUGACCAAGCUGGCGCUGGCGCGGCAGACUGCGGACAACGUCAGCGUCGUCGUCGUCAAUCUCAAGCGGCGCCCGAGAUCGUGACCACUGGAUCCGCCAUACUAGCUCCUGCUGAUUUCUAGCAGAAUCGAACAAAAUGCAGCAUCGUCAUUUUUUUGGGGCGUUUGUGAUCUGGUCGGAUAGAUCAGGCCGCGCCGCCCCCCCCCCCCCCCCCCCAAGAAAAUCGAGAAGCUCAUGUAUUUCCGAUGUUUGAAGAAACUUUCUCAAGCGUCUGCCAAAAUUGUAAUAUAAUCCAGUGCCUCACUCAUGGAAUUGAUCAAAUCCUUCCACCCUCC